AUGCAAUUUAAAAGAGGAGAGAAUGAGUGGAGUAUAAAUGGCAUUCCUAAUAUUAAAAAUUUAGUUCGUAAAGCUGAAAAACACCAAAUUUCAAAAAAACAUCUGACUAACAAGGAAAGUUUUCAUAUGCUGGGUAAAAAUAGGAUUGAACAUUCAAUAUCUGAGAGUCGUCGGUUAACUGCAAUUAAUCAUAAUAAACAAGUGGACAUAAACAGAAAGAUAUUAGCUCGUUUAAUCGAUGUAGUUUGUUUUUUAGGGAAACAAGAAUUGGCAUUCCGCGGACAUCGCGAGAAUGAAGGUUCUUUAAAUAAAGGAAAUUAUUGUGAAAUUUUAGAUUUACUUGCUAAGGAAGAGCAAUUUAUAAGAGAACGCUUUUGCACAAAUUCUGUUAAAGGAACUUCACACGACAUACAAAAUGACUUGAUCCAUUGCGUAACUACGGUAUUAAAUUCUCAUAUUUUAAAAGAACUGAAAAUUACAAAUUUUAAAUCAAUACAAGCCGAUGAAACUACGGAUAUCGAAGAAAGAUUUAUAGGAUUUUUUGAUGUUUCCAAAAAUAAGACUGCGGCUGGUUUAUCCGAAGUAAUUCUAAAUGAACUUUCAAAGUGGAAUAUUGGUAAAAAAGUUGUGUGUCAAACAUAUGAUGGUGCUUCUGUUAUGGCUGGUGAAAAAAAUGGGGUUCAGUCAAUUAUACAAAAUAUUUAUCCAAUGGCUAUUUUUAUACAUUGUUACGCUCAUCAAUUGAAUUUAGUUCUACUUCACGGCGCAAAAUCAAUAAAAGAUGUUAAAUUAUUUAUACCAGACCUUACUAUGUUCCAUACAUUUUUUAGUAGAUCUUCUAAAAGAAGUUCUUUAUUAAGAGAGCAAGGAUUUAAAUUACCAAAUCAAUGCAAUACACGUUGGAAUUAUCAUUCAAGAGCUACUUUAACUAUAAAAACUCAUUUCAAUGAACUAAAAAAUGCCGUAUCUCAUGUAGUUGAUGACCCUGGCUGGGAUUCCAAUUCUGUUUGUACUGCAUCUGAAGAAAAAUUAAGACAACUUUUUAAAUACUAUCCAGAUAUUUUUUAUGAAGAUCGUCUAAAAAAUGAGCUUUACAUAAUAUAUGCAGAUCCAUUGAAAUAUUUCGCUCCUUUGGAAUUUAUUGAUUUUAUAUUUAAAAAUGAGCUUCAAGAAGUAUAUCAAGAAGUCACGAAACUUAUUCAAUUAGUAUUAACUAUUCCUGCAACAACAGCCUCAAGUGAAAGAUCCAUGAGUACUUUAAAACGUAUCAAAUCCUUUUUAAGAAAUUCAAUGUCAAAUGAUAGGCUUUCAUCUUUGUCUACUUUAGCUAUUGAAAAAAAAAUGUUAGAAUUGGUGUGGGCUAACGUGAAAGAUCACGUAAAAAAGAACAACACCGGAAACAAAUUAAGUGACGUCAAAACACUGUUAUUGGAAAGUAUACAGCGAGUGGAUGAGAAGAUGGAAGAGGAAAAAAAAUUCCACAAAAUUGAUUUUAUUAUAGACGAUAUGUUGUACGCGGAAACACAAAGUCUGAUAAUGACGGUUGGCGAUACGUCUUCGGAUUCUGAAUUCGAUAGUGAUGAUGAGUAA